AUGAGAACUGAGAUUUUGAACGAUUCCAUUUCUCCUCCUCUUCUGAGCCCAGGAACAAGUUCAAAACAUGCCAAUAUUUGGAGAACAAAUUUCUCAAUCCGGUGGGUCCCUCGUCUUCUGCCGCCAGAGGGCAGAGUUCCGCCAACCUCAACGAAUCAGGAAGGGUCCUCGGUCCUCACAGCCAAUCACAUUGCUAGAUUUGCCACGCCCUUUUUCAGCCUUCCUCGGCCUCUGCCCCUCCUUUCCAACUUUAGUUCAACCCCCUGGGCAUCAUACCCUUUACAGGGAAGAAAAAGAAGACAUAGAACUAUUUUUACAGAUGAUCAACUUAAAGAGCUUGAGACUACCUUCAGUUCUACUCACUAUCCUGAUGUUAUACAAAGAGAACUACUGGCUAAACGGAUCCGACUCAGGGAGGAGAGAAUAGAGGUAUGGUUUAAGAACCGGAGAGCAAAAUGGAGAAAACAACAGAGAGAAGGAAAAGAAGAAUUAAAUCUCUCUUAAAGGGGUUGUAAGCUUUAUUUCAAUUGUGACCCUCAAUGCAAAAUGACCAUGCCCGAUUUACAACGGUACCCUUGAAAGCUUUUUUGAUCAUGAAAUAAAACUUCGUGUUUAUGUUUUUGAAAACUAUUUUUUUUACCUUGUGAUUUCUCUCCACAAGUGACUUGCACAUUUCUUGCUUAUAAGAAAGACUGGAGUAAUUAUCAGGAUUAAACACUUUGCUUCCUCAUUAUUGAAAGAUAACAGAAAUUGGCAUCUCUGUAAGGAAGGUCUCAUGAAGUUAUUGAAAUUAGUAUUAUAUGACUAGUUACUCUCAAUGAUCCUCUGUACCAUCUGUGAAAAUAAUCAUCGUGUGUAAACAUGAUUAUUGUAAACUUUAAAUAUUCGUUGACAUCACUGAAAUAUGUAAGAAGAAUAAGUUAUGAUUUAUCAAAUAAGUCUAUCCUCCUUGAUCAGAUUUAAUGAGACACGCUUCUUCCAAAGGUAGAGUCACUUGAGAUAACGUGAACAGUCUCUUUAAAGUCAUGGGUUCAUUCUGUCUUUGACAGAUGUGCUAGUCUUAUUAAAUAUGUUAAAAUGUCAUUUCAAUGCUUUUUAAAAUCAAAACGUAUAUUAUUCUUUAUCCUAGUACGCCAUAUUUCUCAACCUUGCUAAAGAUUAAGAUACAUAUCGGUAAAUUUGGUAAUUAUGAAACAUUUUCAAAAAUUGAAGCAGAUAUCAGGCCAAAGAAAUUGACUCUUUUCCAAAAACUCUGAUUUUCUAAUAAAUAGUUUAGCACAAGAACGUAGACCUUAGAGAUUUUAAAUCAUUAAUUUUGUUAUAUAAAAUAUGGUAAGUUUGAUAUAUGAAAGGUUUACACCAUCAGGGUAU